AUGAAAAAAAUUCAAAGAGCGUAUGAAGUAUUAUCUAAUUACGAUGAAAAUAAUUCUUCAAUGAAAUCCAUAAGUGCAAGUUUUGGAACUAAAUGGCCCUAUAAACGAACAAUAUCUCUUCCAUCAGCUAUGAUAUUUAGACAAGAAAUUAAAGCAGAUAAAGAAAAGCUGUGCAGUCGACAUCACCCUGCUCCUAUCUUAAAACAUAAAAAUUCCAGAUUUGGAUUUGGUCAAUUAUCAGGUGGUUCUUUAUCAAAUACAGAAAUACAUAUUCCUUCUCUUAGUGCAAUCGAAGAUGGAAACUUAUCGAAUAUUCUACACAAAAUUAUUGAUUUAGAAGAAUCAGAUAAAGAAACUAUACAUUUACUUGUAUUUUUAUUAAUGCAAUUUCUUUCCCGUCCAGAUCAGAGAAUCUCGCUAGUGCCCCAGACGCAUGAAGAACAUGUCGGCAAGCCAUUCUUCGCGCCAUUCAGUGUUCAUCUUGCAGAAUCGUCGAAACCGCAUGUGCCACCAGUGCACGAAACAACCGCAGCUAUACCAUGCGGCUCUACUCGAAGAAGUGGUAAGAGUUUUACAUCCUCUCACUUCCCAGGGAAUAAAACCGGUACACUACACCAAGACAAUCAGAAAAUUUACAACUUCCUAAACCUAAUUAAGGUGCAUGCUAAAGCCAAGUGUGAAGUGUCCAGAACCUAA